AUGCCCGGUCCAUCACACAAGCACUUGAGGGAAGGAUCGAGAAGCUUCGAUUGGAGAACGAAGAACGAUCGGAAAAGAGCACCGAGGAAUCGGGCCAAUACUAUAAUUCAAGAGCAGCAGCAGCGAAAACGCCACUACAUGAUGGCACUCAGGGAUCUAGUGAAAGCUUUCAACAAGUUUGUCGAUGAGCAAUUGGCCGCGAUGCUAGCAGCUGAAGAUCUUGGUGGUCCUACACAAGGGAGAGCAAGGAAGGUGGACGCAGAUAUUGCGAAGACCGAGGCAAAGCGGAAAAUGCGUAAUGACGAGAUCUGGGAUUCCGAGAAUGGUAAUGAAGAUGAAGAAAUUGGUGUACGAAGUGAGAAGGAGGCCGCCCUGGCAAGUUUCCGAACCCUGACCGAAGACCUUUUGAACGCCGCUGCUGGAGAUGAGGAUUCAGAUUCCUACAUCAACAUAUCGCGAGAGUCGGCAGCUGUUCGGUUUCUGGUUCGAGCGAAGGUCGCGCAAUUUCAUACCGAUGAUGCAAGAAAGCUGCGACUGGUAGACUUCGGCCGAGGAUGGGACAACUGA